AGCAACAGGUCUAAAUCCUGUCUGUGCACUGCCUGUCUGUGGAUAUCAAGGGCCUGAAACACUGACUGAAUCAUUUCAUUGUAUUGUUCCUUAAUUUCUAUAAACAGGAGCAAUGGUAUUCCGGACAGUGGUACAGCAUGCUAAGAGACACCCUGGGCUCAUCCCCCAGUUCUUCUUCAUCGGUCUGGGAAUGGGCGGGGCAUCUCUGUAUCUGGUCCGAUUGGCUAAAGGACCCCAUGUCACCUGGAACAAGACCAAUAACCCAGAGCCAUGGAAUAAACUUGAUCCCACGUACCAGUACAAGUUUGUGGCCAUCGGCACCGACUACAAAAGCCUAAAGAAAGAUGGACCCGACUUCUGAAUCUCUUGCUGGCCUGAAAAUGUAACAUAAAAUCCUGAUCUAGGGUCAAAUCCACUACCCUGCCCCCCUUGAUGUCUUUACUGUAUACGUGGAAGGAGAAAUGCAUUAUAGAUCCGGAUCUGUAAACCUUUAGUGUCUCUGUGCCUGUGUGAAGCAUGAUCUGGUAAACAGGACCAGCAUUGUCAGUAAAUGGACCCUGAAGGCACAUAUGAAUAUUUAAAAAGUUGAAUAUGUACUCUUUCCACAUAAUUACACCCGUUCUGGGGACAUGAAACACAUGUGCACAUACUCACCACUGCACCAGACAUAGUGUAUUUUUAGGGAUACUAUAUCACAGAUCAUUGUUUUGUUCACCAUGUUUUAGAAAUGUCAGUGUAUCAUUUUGAAUGUUUCAGGCAUCUAUUGGUUCAUGUUCACCUCUUGUCACAUAUAACAAAUAUUAUCAGACUCACAAACACAAAAAAAGUGAUGACUGUGUAAGUUAUGGUAAAAAAAGACAGGGAUGCAUAAACUGAGCUGAUUCUUUCAAUAAAUAGUGUGUCUGCUUCA